AUGAACGCGAACAGAGAUCCUUUUGGCCUACGACGAACUUCUCCGGCAGCACAAUUUCUCCGCUCAGGCAUUUCGACAGUCAGCGAGGGAGCCGCUCAAGCGAGCCAACGAGCCGUCGCAGCUGCCACCGAAACGUUCGAGAAGAGCCGGAACGCGUUUGCGCAUACCUUGCCGAAUGACGGUCCAUCAAGGAGGAGCAACAUGAGCACAUACAGCCUGCCCAAUGGGGCAGUGUCGCACAACGUCGAUGCAUACCACUCGUCUGGCCGUUCGCGAUUCCACCACAGCGGCGAUUCGACGGAGGAGACGGUCAGCGAAAGAGUCACGAACAUAUUCACCGGACCGAGUAAAGAUGCGUUGCCGAUGUAUAAAGACAAGCCGGCGCACUACCGGGGUCCAGGUGGCAGCAGGUCACGAAUACCCCAAUGGGCAAGGAGAAAGAGAGUGGCUGCGCCAGUGCUCAUACUUCUUGCUAUUCUGAGCUGGUGGUUCGGCAUACUUAGUCCGUUGUCGUGGUUCUCAGCUCCAGAGAACAAUCUGCCAAGAAAAGAGAGGGCAGAGGAAGCAGUCAAGGGCAAGCCGGGUUGGUUCGGUUCGGGCAAGGACGUGAUAGAUUGGCCAAGCAGGGCCGAGCGAGUAAAGAAUGUGUUCAAGAUAUCGUAUGCAGGCUACGAGAAAUAUGGCUGGGGCUACGAUGAGUAUCAUCCUGUGAGCCACAGUGGGAAAUUCAUGACGCCGAAUGGCCUUGGAUGGAUUAUUGUUGAUGCUCUGGAUACCAUGAUGAUCAUGAAUCUCACGACGGAAUUGACGCAUGCUCGGCAAUGGGUGAACUCGAACCUUACAUACGACCAGGAUCAUGACGUGAACACUUUCGAAACCACGAUCCGAAUGCUGGGAGGUCUCCUGUCAGCCCACUACUUGAGCACUAAGUUUCCCGGGCAGUAUGCGCCCGUGAAUGACGGUCUCAGCGACGAUAUGUAUGUCGAGAAGGCUACCGAUCUAGCCGAUCGGCUGCUGGGUGCGUACGAGACACAGUCAGGCGUGCCGCUAGCAAGCGUCAAUCUACGCACAAUGCAAGGCAUCCCAUCUCAUGCAGACGGUGGUGCGUCAUCGACAGCAGAAGCAACAAGUCUUCAGCUCGAGAUGAAGUAUCUGGCUAAGCUAACGGGUGAGGCGCACUAUUGGGAGAAGGCUGAAAGAGUCAUGAAAGUGGUCGACGACCAACAGCCUACGGAUGGUCUUGUGCCAAUCUUCAUCUACGCUGAUCAAGGCACAUUCCGUGGUGACAACAUUCGUCUUGGUAGCAGAGGCGACAGCUAUUAUGAGUAUCUCAUCAAGCAGCAUCUGCAGACCUCAGAGCCGGUGUAUGAAGCCAUGUGGAACGAAAGCUUGGCCGGUGUAAAGAAGCAUCUGAUCACCUACAGCCAUCCAAACAACUUUACUGUCCUUGCCGAGCGCCCGAACGGUCUGACCAAAGACAUUGAUCCGAAGAUGGAUCAUUUGGUCUGCUUCUUGCCAGGAACGAUUGCUCUUGCGACUACUGGAGGGCAAUCGAUUGCUGAGGCGAAGAAGCAGUCAAAUUGGUCAAAGCAGCAGGAGGAGGACAUGAACCUGGCUCGCGAGCUCACCAGGACGUGCAUGGGAAUGUAUCAGACCGAGACCGGCCUUGCGCCAGAGAUUGCGCACUUUCACAUCCACGACCCGCCGCUCAUGUAUGAAGACUACAAGCCGUUUGAGAAGCCACAGAGUCCAAACUACUGGACGAGGUGUAAGAACAAUCUUUGCACCGAGGUGGUGAAAUCUACCGAGAAGGACUUUGUGUUCAAGGCCCAGGACAACCAUAAUCUACAGCGACCUGAGACUGUCGAGAGUUUAUUCUACAUGUGGCGGAUCACGGGCGAUGAGACGUACCGCAACUGGGGAUGGCAAAUGUUCCAGGCGUUCGUCAAGCACACUGCUGUCGACGAUGGCGAGGGCUUCUCGUCGAUUUCGGACGUCAGGCAAAUUCCAGUCCAUUUCCGUGACAACAUGGAAUCAUUCUGGCUGGCUGAGACGUUGAAAUACUUCUACCUCCUCUUCUCAGACGAGGCAAUUCUACCUCUGACAGACGUCGUCUUCAACACAGAAGCACAUCCAUUCCCACGCUUCGAGAUGGGCAAGCUCUUCAAGACCGGCUGGCAGCGAAGAAAGGAUGGCGCGGCAUCUGCGAGCCAGGAGGCUAAGCCUGACAACCACGGUGGCGAGAUGAAGAUUCAGACGAUUCUGGUCACUCAUACAGUAGAGCAGGAGGUCGCGACCAAGAUUGCCCUUGGCGAUAACCAAACGCCGGCACCAGCUGGAGGUGAGGUGGCCGGCGCGAACGCUCUCGUUAAUGAAGCGGCUGCGCCUUGA